GUAAUAACCGCAGUGUUUUGACUUUUUUAUAUGAGGAAAGAAAAACGUCGAAGAUCUUAUAAGGAAUAUUUUCAUAACUUAGCACUAGUUUUAAUUCCAGAACACGGGGUUCUAAGAUUAUGUCCUAAACGUCAGCCAAAUGAUGGAGCCCGAAAGCUUACACUGCUGGCAUCCAAGAAACAGAAACUUGAAUCACUGGAAAAGGUUUUAGCUGGGGCCACUUUAUCAGUAAAUGAAGUUCUCCGAUAUGAAGUAAAGGAUAGUGAAUUUAAUCCAAUUAGCUUUGGCAGCCACACAUAUGUUCUCAGACCAGGUUUAUCAGCUAAAAGAUUCCUCAUUCAGUGGGCAAGCCGAUUAGAUUACGAAGAUCUUGUUAGAAUAUUCUCUAAGGAAGGUUCAUUUCACCAAAGACCAUCGUCUGCACUGGCUACAUCUGCACUUCCAUCUUACGUCAAAUUUGAUAAUCUUCAAGAUGCUGACUUUAUACCGGAAGAUGAUAAGGGAAACGAGAAGGCAGAUAAUCGAAUAUUCAGUCUGCGUCGUUCUUUAAGUGUACCAGCAGAAAUCUGGUUAACUUUAUCACAACAGGAAGCAGCUGCUGAUGCAGAGAAAACUUUAUCAUCGGAAUUUUUACCGGAAUCAUCCACUGUUCCACCGAACACUACUCAGGCUACACAAUAUUCAUUAUCUUCAGAAUCUGAAACUACUAUGCUUGAUGAGUUUGUACCUACAGACGAUAAGGCAGAUGAUGAUCUACCUGAAAGUGAAUCAAUGGGGAUAAACGAGUGAGCCCUUUGAUUAGCUUUUUGC